UUGGCUGAAAUUAAAACUGAGCUUGUAUCUUAAAGAAAAACACCGUGCUUAAAUGGGUGGCUGCCUACAACGACAGUUUUCAUGUGUUUUUAAGUGCAAUUCAAUAAUUUUCCUCGAAGUUGUGUUCAAAAUUUACUAUUGCCGUUGCUUUCGUUUGGAUAUAUAAGACAGUUAACAAAUAUUUUUAACACUACCAGUUCAAUUCGUAGAUAUUUUGACCGUCCUCAUUACAUUCGUGCUAAUGGAUGAUUCUGUGAUUUCCCCAGGGAAUAAAAUAGAUAACUCUGCAUCGGAGAGCGAUUCCAGUUCUCUCGAUGGCGGGGCGAUGUUACCUCCUACCACGGUUUCUCGUGAUCAGUUACAAAAAAGAAUUGAAUCUCUUCAACAGCAAAACAGGGUCUUAAAAGUGGAGCUGGACACAUAUAAGCUCAGAGUGAAGGCCCUGCAGGAGGAAAAUCGCGCACUGAGACAAGCUUCUGUAUCAAUACAAGCAAAGGCUGAACAAGAGGAAGAAUAUAUUUCCAACACACUAUUGAAAAAAAUUCAAGCCUUGAAGAAGGAAAAGGAAACAUUGGCACAUCAUUAUGAAAGGGAAGAGGAGUGUCUCACAAAUGAUCUGUCCAGAAAAUUAAUUCAGUUACGUCAGGAAAAAUGUCGCCUCGAACAGACAUUGGAGCAAGAGCAGGAAUGCUUAGUGAACAAACUCAUGCGGAAGAUUGAGAAACUCGAGGCCGAGACUCUUGCUAAACAGACUAAUCUGGAAAGACUCCGCAGGGAAAAGGUGGAAUUGGAAAACACAUUGGAGCAAGAGCAGGAAGCGCUAGUGAACAGGCUGUGGAAACGCAUGGACAAACUAGAGGCGGAGAAACGUUCCCUGCAGAUCCGCCUCGACCAGCCAGUCUCCGAUCCUGCUAGUCCAAGAGACAUUAGCAACGGUGAUACUGCGUCGAAUCUUAGCAAUCAUAUUCAAACAUUACGCUCGGAGGUUGUCAAAUUAAGGAAUCAAUUAGCCGUGUCUCAAAAUGAAAACAAAGAGAAGAUGCAUCGCUUUGCCUUAGAGGAGAAACACAUUCGAGAGGAAAAUGUUCGCCUACAACGAAAACUUCAGCAAGAGGUUGAGCGCCGCGAAGCGCUGUGCCGACAUCUUUCUGAGAGCGAAUCCUCAUUGGAAAUGGAGGAGGAGCGGCAAUUUAACGAAGCGUUAAGUGCGCGGUCCCGCAGCGUGUCGUCGCCGGGCGGGUCGCGGCCGCUGUCGCCGUACGCCUCCCCGCUGCUGCCUGGCGCCGGACACAGGCCCGCGAUGCAUUUCAACUCGCAGCCGCGGCGGCCCAACGAGCGCUUCGUGAAGCCGGCGCCGCCGUCGCUCGGCCUGCCGCGCCUCGAGCCCCCGCCGCCGCCCGCGCUCACCCCCGCCGCCCCCGCCGCCCCCGCCGCGCUCCUCCCGCCCGCCUCGCCCACCCUGCAGCCGGCCAGCCCCAUGGACACCUCGUCGAAAGACUAACCGAUCUAAUGUAGACCGGUACGUGGUUUGUAAUCGAUUUUCGACCUUAUUUUAUCCAGUGAGGACUUCACACUCGCUAAUUCUUAAAACGUUCUGAAACAUUAUGGUCUCGUGAUGCUACUUUAAUAUAAUGUCGAGGCCGCUUAACUCUGUCUCGUCGGCCGGAGGACCCUUGUAAUCUAAAAGAGUGACCCGAGAGACCGGACCCGUGGCGACGAGUGACAAAAAAAAGUUGAUUCACCCGGUUGUCAAUUUUCAUUUUUUUUUAUGUCAGUAUAUCUCACAACAGUUUAAUUUUGAUUGACACAAUCGGUCGCUGGCUGGCCGCCCGUCACACAAAAGUUUACGCAUGUCCAUGCCGUAUGGCUCUUUCAUUCUUAAAAUUCGUUUGUCCCGUUCUAUCACGUUGCAAUAUAAUUGUCACAAAAGAAUACAACGUAUUUAUAUAAAUCAUGAACGUGUUCCUUAACAUCAUUACUCCGACAUUAACCUUAACUUUAACCAACUCGGCAAAUAAGCAUAACGCCAAGAUAACAUUUUAAACAUGGCAUUACACAUUUCCAACAUCACGACCUAACACACGUAAAAAUAAGGUCGAAAAUCGAACAAUAAAACCAAUUAAUAUCGGUUUUCGCCAGCUAAUCGUACCGUACGUCCUUUAAGCACGUAAGUGUAAAACACGAUCGCUGUCGAUUGUCGAAGAUAUCGAAAUCGAAACUGAUGAUUCGAUAGUCGGUCCGCGUUUCAACCGUUGUACUACAAAUUUCGAAAUGCACACGGAAUGGCACAAUUAAAGUUCCAUCGUUUAGAUUGUUUGAAAAACCUUAUACAGUAGAACCUAGAUUAUCCGAAUUGAUUGAGACCGAGACUAGUUCGAACAAUUGAAAUGUGGCUUUUUUUUUGGAACGAGAUCGAACAAAAACAACACCUUUUUACACAAAAUCUAGUAACUACAGUAUAUACUUUAUUAAAUUUGAAGUCUAUAUUACCGUGAGUGGUCUAACAACAUUCGAUGGAACAAAUUCAAGACAAGUUUCGGAUAAACUAAGCGUUUGGAUAACUGCGAUUCGGAUAAUCGAGGUUCUAAUGUAAUAAAGACGCAUGGCCUACCAAUGAUCAGAGAGUGCUGCUAUCAGUAUUCUUACAGGUUGGUAUGUACCAGAUUUGAUAACAGUACUCUUUGUCAGCUGACCGAUUACUUCAGGCCAGACGGGUGGAUACUGUAAUUUAAGCUUUUUGAAUGUUCCAAUACUGAGUUAUUGACUGAUAGACGAUGUAAAACACGUUUGUCUUGCGUUUAUAUGCUGACAUGUUACAAUUGAGCAGUUGGUAACGUUGGUAUACCAUCUCUCUAUGGUCAAUGCACAGUCACCUAAUAUAUGUUACUCUUCGAAAGCCGCAAAAAUAUGUGAAUCGCUCUUAUGGCUCUACGAAUAAGACCGUGUCAGAACUGUCAGAUAUUUUUGUGGCAUUCGUUGUGUAACAUACUAUUGCAAGUGACUGUACCUACGCAAGAGAUGUAAGUGCGUAUGUUGUGAGUUUUCAUCAACGCGACAAAAAAAAUAUGGUAUUACUGUAUAGUUUGUGUAAAGAUUUUGGUGUGCCAUUUUUCUAAGAGAGCAGUGGCAGUCAUGCGGGUGUAAAUUUCGAAAUUUGUAUAGAAACUGUAAACAUGCAUAUAGAUAUUGUAGUUAGGUGGACGUCUUCGGCAGCUUGGUUCGUAAUGUUGCUUGCGCACACAUUCAGCGUCCGUUCCAGUCAAACUGGAUUUAUUUGUAGUCCAGUCUUCGUGUGCAGUGGAUUUUGGCAAUAAUUCCCCCCUUAAAAAUAUAUAUAAAGUUGAGGAAUGUCCAACAAUCCAAUCUUUUAAUCUGUAUAAAGAAAUAUGGAAGAAUUAUUAUCAGAAUUGACUCGAUGAUUUUCGAUUGUUAAUGUUUCCUCGCACGGCUUGUAUAUUCGAGAUUGAAAUUAAUAUGUUCUGGUUUUUUUAUGUUAUAAGAUAAUAUUUAAUCUUUAAAUAGUCGAUUAGAUUAGCUUAACGAGAUGUUAUAAAAUUAUGAACAGGGUAUUCGCUGGGAGGGGAGGUGUCGUCGGAUAGUUCAUAAUUUCGGCUCACUAGCCACAAUCGUCAGCAUACAUAUUACUUUUUCCUUCUAGGUGACAAACACAGACAGGUUAGUAUGACUUGCGUUUUCGUGCGCGACCACCAGUCAUGCUAAGCGGCCUGGUAUAUUGAUAUUUAGAAUUAGAAAGAGCAAUUUGAGCUUUGCGGGCGUGGAUCGCCGCGUUAUGGUAUAUAUCUAAUAUAUUACUGACUUCAAGCUCAUGGUUUCACGCAAAUAUAUUUGAACUGCAGUUUUUUUCAAUUUGCUGUCAGUUUUCUCUUUAUAAUUCGGAAUAUCAAUAAGUAUGCAUGGAGGUGUGUGAAAAAAUCGUGUUCAAAUUUUCUUAGAUUGGAAUAUCAGAUCAAAUGUAUGUUCAAACAAAGUGAAGAAUCUAAGCCAUCAUUGAAGUUGAGUAACCAAUAUAUAUUACGAAGUUUAGAACGAAUACGUUGGAAAGUAAUAACUUCGAGGAAUGCAAGAAAAAACGAGCAACACGGGAUAUGUUGUUUUGAUCUUUAGAAAUUAUCAACAUGUUUAAAUGAAAAUUCGCUCUAAACAUAUGCAAUAAGAUCAGUCGGAAAAAGUAGUUCGAUUGUUUAUUUACAUAUUUAUCGAUCUGUAUGUACAGCUUGGUUAUAUUAGUUAUAUAACACUAAUUUCGUGUUUAAAGAAUAUACUGCCUAAAUGAUAUAAGUAAACUGACAGAGCAGAGCCUUGAAUACCUAAGACAUCAUUUGGGCAUUAAGCUUUUUGCAUGCUUUACUUUACUUCAAAAAUGUUUAUAUUUUUUUUUUAUUCGAAUGUACCUAAACCUCGUCGUAGAAAGUUUAGUAGGGAGUAAUCUUGUAAUUCUUAUGAAGUAUGAAAGUCAGCUCGUGUAGGUAUUUUUGAGGUCUUCAACUCUUCAUCCGUACCUACUUAUCUAAUACUGUUACAGUCUAAGGGCUGAUUUAGACGGCGCGCGAACUCGCAUGCGAUUUUAGUUACAUUGCGGACUGUUGGUUACGUCCAAUUCAACCGACCGACCAAAACCCGCAAUGUAAUGAAACUCGCAUCGUCUAAAUCGGCCCUAAGAGUGCUAUUCCACUUGUCCUAGAUCUUUAGCCAAUGUGUAUUUUAUUUGUCCCAAUUUUGCUUAAAAAAAUUACAGGACUAAGCAGCAAUUCAAAAAGUUCGACCUGUCAUUAGGUACUGGCAGACCAAUAAAAAUCUCCGGUUAUAUCUAAAGAUAAUAGUAGUAUAGUCCGGGAAACCAAUUUUGUCAGUAGAAAACGGCGGCAGAUUUGAAAUAAUAGGCGCGAAAGGUUGAUUUCUCAUACAAAUUAUGAAUUUCACGCCUAUUUCUUCGGUAUAGCAUCUCUGGGUUAUAAUAUACUGGCAUUUGCGAACAGACUCCGCGUGAGAUCAUUCAAAUUAAAAGUUUUAUUAACUUUACCGAGCUUCAUGCAACAUUGUACGCAAACAAAUCUUUCAAAUCCAUUUUGUUUUACUUCUAGUGACCCGUUUGCCUUGGAACUUGUAAAGCGUAUGUUACGAUGACAGUUAAAUACUGCUUGGAUAAUAAAACCUAGGUUACGGCCGGGUCCUUAAACUUUAGUCUUCAACGAAGUGUAAUCUUCUAACCAUAUCCCUUUUAUAUUAUUUUUAUCGGUUUUCAAAAAAGGGUUUGGUUUCUUAGUUGCCUUUAAAUUAAUUUGCCAGUGAUCGUUUAGUACUCAUUUUAUUUAUUUGUUUAAAAGUGGAAAUCAUUUAAAAAGAACUGUAAUGUAAAUUUAGGACCGUCGAGGAAUCGUCAAGGAUCUACCUACUUCUUUUAUUUCUUGUAAAAUGACCGAAAACUUCAACAUUUUGGUAACUUUCCGCAACUUGUACAUCUGUAAUGUCAAUUCAGUUAGCCUUAUGGUGGACUCCAGACGGGAUGAUCAAAUCGACCAAUUUGAUCAGUAAAUAAACUGGCGUCAAUCUCCUAUUUAAUCAUUCUUAUUCUUGCGUCCGCGCCUCCAUUUUAUCGGUAAUAUUGGUCAUAAUCGGCGAGCCAAAUUGUCGUUUGCAUACGCACGGCCUAAUUUGAUCGGACAAUUUAAUCAGAUUGGUGAAAAUUUGUCCCGUCUGGACUCCACUUACCUAUUUUUAUUUUCAGCAGUUACUAUAUUUUGUAAAACUUACUUACCAGCGUAAGAUCAAGCGAAGUUCAUAAGGCAUAUUCGACCGGCUGUUUCUACACGAAAUUAGUAAUCGGUGUUAAUAAACGUUUUUUGAAAAGUUUAUCAAUUGUAUCGUAAUCGUGGGUAAAACGCAUUGGGAUAACUUCAGAAAUAUGUACUGAACUAGAAACACUUCAUACAUUGGCAACACUAGCCAAAGUGUCUUAGUAAGUGUUGUCAGAACAUAGGUUUUUUUUUUCUUCUAGUUUAUUAGAUAUAUACGAAUUACGAGAUUCUCCCGAUUCCAAUGGUAAAUAUCUUAUUUAUAUUUCUCGAAUGCAAUCGCUAUAAGUAUUUGAUUAUGAAUCGAAUCAUUUUGGAAUACUUUUGAAAUUAUGGACAGAGUUCUUCUAUUUUAUAUUGGCUGUGUACUAAAAUCACCUCAGGUAUUUUAGGGAAUUGUAAUUUAAGGUAUGUUCACAUUAGAUUCACAUUAUUCACGCGUCUGAAUAAACGCAACUAUAGGUCUAAUGUGAACGUGCCCUUAGGAUUUAGACUUAGAGGUUGAUCAUUGUAAAGUCAAUUUGAAUCUUAGCACGCAGGGAUAAGGUUCUUUUUUCUUACAAUGUUCGUUGUACCUUCGCUUGUACCUAUUGUAAUUUGUAAUCCAUAUAUCACAUCCGAGCGCAUUGCCUCCACAUGGUUAUAGUUUGUUAUGUUGUGUCGUGAUUAAUAAGAACUAAUAAGAAGUUCGAUAGACAUGUGAGUAGUGGGUGAACCUCGGCUAUUCAAUUAUUUGCAUAUUUUCACUUAAAUAUAGUUUAUUUUUUUUCCAUGUUAUGAUUAAAGAAACAAAAUAAAUUCACUAAACUAA